UUAUAAUUGAUCACAGCUACCAAACUAUUCGGAAUCCACAUUAGGCCUUUAAUGCCAUUCACUUCGCUGCCAGCAAGCAAAAUAUUCGUAAAGGGUAAAAAUAGUUCUGAGGUUAACUACCAGAAGAAAAGGCAAGUGACGGCAAAUCAAGUUCUGGAAAUUGAAAGAAAACAAGUAUCUGCUGCGUGGCAAAUAAAUGCAUGUAUAUCUUGAUCAUGAAAAAUAAAAUAAAAUUGGACUGGAAUGCAUAAUAAUGGUUUCACUAGGAGUACUACUCAGUUGUUUUCAAUCAUUUGGUUUGCCUCAAUCCAAAGGAAUUGCACAGAAAGCAACAUGGUAGGCAAUGAGCAAGGUUAUUGCAUCAGUCAUCAUUGAGGCCAGAGGAAAAUUAUAUUUAUUAGGAGGAGCAUGCCUUGACUUGCAUCGAUUCAGGGACUGCCACUGCAAGGCUAAAGUACGAGUUGUGGGCUAUGAUUAAAAUGCCUCUUUGGAUUGUGGGUACUCUUGUUUUGAAUCCAUUAUGAGAUGGAAUUAGUUGGGCUGUGUGGUGAAAUCGUAAGUGAAUCCUUGGGUCUGUGUGUUUUUGGAUCAUAAGAUUAGCGUAGAAUGCAGAAAGCUCAAAUGUGAAUAGUUACUACCAAACAAUGGUUAUGGUUAUGCAUUUUUUUCUGGGCCAGUAUCUUGUUGAGGGAUGGGUAAGUUCUGAACACCCAAACGCUGGACAGGGAAGCAAAGCCUUUUGGGUUUGUGAGAUUCUUUCAUAUCACGAAACCCAAAUGCAUUAGGUGUGCAUGAGGAUUGUUUUUUUCGACAGAGUUUGGAUAUUUCUUGUGCUGAUUUUUUAUCUAGGGAAUGACAGAAAAUGGCAUGGUACGGUGUUUUACUGGGUGUGGAACUCCACAGAGUGGUUUGUUAAUGGUGUUUUUGGGUUUGGAAUUUUAUAGAGUGGUCUGUUAGUGAUAUCUUUAUAGGUUUUAGCAUUGGGGCAAAGGAGUUGUACCACUGUAGUAGUCUGCCGCAGCAAGGGUUUUAUAUUAUAGAGCCAUGGAGUCAUCUUUUAGCCCUACCAAGAGCUUCAAACGGCUAUACUGUAAAGUAGAUUCUCAAGUUUGCAGUGGAGGUAUAUUUGGAUUUGGAUUGAUAAUCGUGGCGUUCUUUUUCUUCAUUUACUUCGACAUCAAGACAAUCUCUGUAGGGCUUCUUCUACACACAGAAGAUGGGCAGCUCAACAAUUUUUUUGAAAAUUCGUCAUCUGUUGAAACAAACAUUGAUAUUAGGAGCUUCUCAGAUGUUCCCAGGCCAGAGUUUUCCCGGAAUUUUACUAAGUGUGACCUUUACACUGGAUCGUGGAUUUGGGAUGAAUCACAUCCCCUUUACCAAUCCACCAGUUGCCCAUUCAUUGAUCCUGGGUUUCGGUGCCAGGAGAAUGGGAGGCCAGAUAAGUUAUAUAUGAAGUGGCGAUGGCAACCUUUCGGCUGCAACCUUCCAAGGUUCAAUGCAACUGACAUGCUAAAUAGGAUACAGAACCGGCGAGUUGUCUUUGUUGGUGAUUCAAUUGGAAGAAACCAAUGGGAAUCAUUAAUUUGCAUGUUAGCAGAGGCAGUUCCCAAUAAACUCCAAAUAUAUGAGGUGAAUGGAAGUCCCAUUUCAAAGCACAAGGGAUAUUUAUCCUUCAAAUUUGAGGAGUUCAAUUGCACAGUAGAAUAUUAUAGGGCACCAUUUUUGGUUUUGCAAGGUCGCCCUCCUAAAGAAUCACCUCCUCAAAUUAAAACUACUCUGAAAUUGGAUUUGCUAGACUGGCAGUCUGUGCAUUGGAAGGACGCAGAUAUUCUGAUAUUUAACACAGGGCACUGGUGGAACUUUGAAAAGACCUUAAGAGGGGGUUGCUAUUUUCAGGAAGGAGAAAUGGUAAACAUGACUAUGGAUGUGUCAACUGCAUUUGAGAGGUCUAUGAAGACUGUGAUGAAUUGGAUUUCUCAAGAAAUAAAUCCUGAAAAGACCCAUACCUUCUUUCGCACCUAUUCUCCAGUGCAUUUCAGGGGAGGCACUUGGCAAACUGGUGGGCAUUGCCAUUUAGAGACGAAGCCAGCAGUAAGCCCAUUAGGUUUCCAUGAUCCACAUCUUCAGAGCAGCAAUCACAUUAUUUCCAAAGCACUGGGGAAGCUACAUAAUCAUAAGAAUGCACAAUUAUUAAACAUAACAUUCUUGUCACAGUUGAGGAAGGAUGGCCACUCCUCAGUGUAUUAUUUAGGCAAUGGAUCUGGACCUGCUUCCAUUCGCAGGCAAGAUUGCAGUCAUUGGUGUCUUCCUGGGGUGCCAGAUGCAUGGAAUGAGCUGUUAUAUGCAAUCUUGAUUGCAAAAGGCUAUGGAGAUUGAACCCUGGACUUGGAAAUGGCAGCAUGGAGAUAUUUUAUCACAUUCUUUGUAAAGUAAAAUUAUCAAUGUUAUCAGUGUUAUUCAAUGUAUGAAAUGUGUUUCAAUCUGCGGGAAGGGAAGUUUUGUUGGAAUUGCAGAGGAUAAGGCAAUGUUGGUUGUCUGUCACACCUUUUAAUAAGAGUUUGGGAGUCACCACCCAAAUUCCAUUAUGGAGAGCAACUUGUAGAAACUAAAGGAAUCCCAGAACACUUAAAACAAUAAGUUAUAACCCAUACAAUUGCUCAAGGAAGCAUAUAUUCUUUGAUGGUGGACUUGCUCUGUAUUUAUUGUUGCAUUAAGAUCCAUUUUGCUCCUCUGAA